CCCCUUCCGACACCAUCAAGUUGUACAUCAAGAUCAUCCGCCUAUUUGAUCCUGCGCCUCUCCGUGUCUAUUGAUCACGAUGCAAAGUGCACCCGCUUGGCCAACAUCCCAAAGAGGCACGGCAAAGGCUAUAACCUUCACUGGUGGCAACCAUUCAGAGGCGAUGGGCAUCCUUGACGAAUACCACGCCACAGGAAAUCUAUGCGAAUGUUGCAACGGUGUUAUCUGGGUGCUGAGAAAUUUCUGGCUGGGCUAGAGGGUAUCGGGGUCGUAAGGUCUAGCGCACAUACUGCUGUGAUGGAUAAUGUGUUCAGGCACUGCCUGCGCCGCCACCAGCCAAAUGUGGAACGUGAUAACGGACCCCGUUCCUGCAUUAUUCCCCACAUUGCAGUUAGGAUUCCUGGUGUCACGGAAAUAGGUGAACUUCCGUGCUGCGGGGCUGGUCUAAGCAUGAGCGUUGCGCCUACUACGGGACGUCACACGGCGUCAAUUCAGAACGUGGAAUAACAAGCUGGACGUGUGUUGAAUGGAAUCCCUGGGAACGUUGCCGUGUGCUCGGAGAGGACAUGAGAGCGAGGGUGCG